UGUCAUUAGCAAUUGACAGAAAUGUCAAGUUGGCAAAUUGUUAUAAAAAGUAUUUAUUUCAAUUAGGUUUCAUCAAAGAGUAACCAACUCUUUGGUUUUAUCACUUGUGAAUUGGCGGAAACUGCCAGUACCAGUUCAAUUCUUACUUACAAUAAAUAAUAUUAUUUAUUGUUUUGUCAGCUAUGCAGUAAUAAGCUGUAGUUAGAAAUGGCUCAAAUCGAUGAAAUUGAACUCGCUACUUUCCUUAAAGGAGAAAAUGUUGAUGUUUCAAGAAACGAAUCAAAACAAUUAUAUUCAGAGCGUAGGUAAUACGCUUUCUUUCUGUGAAAUUAAAUGAUGAUGACUUCGAAACCCUAUAGCAAAUCAUGGCAACAAACAACGAAACAAAUGGUGGAUCAAAUAUUACAAAUGGUACCCCUUCGAGGAAUUUCAGCAUGAAUAAGAUUAGCGGCACUGGAAGCAAUAGAGAUUACGAUUCCAUGAAACAACAAAUGACAGCUAUUGACCACAGCCCUAGAAGAAGAUGUGAACACUCUCAUACUGUUUCUGACCUGGACUACUACAAUCAGCACAGAACGAUGGAACAAUUGGACUCGACAGCUAUGCGUACUCAUUUCCUAGAAUUGCAAUCAGAGAAUCAACGGCUUGAGCAGGAAAAUCAGCGGCUUCGUCAAAAAUUCAACGAUCAAGAAAUGCUUUUUCUAUCUCAUCCCCAAUCUCUGGGUAAAUUUGAACAGUCCCAGGAAGAAAGUAAUCGACUGGUUAAGCAGAUAGAAGUAAUAACCCAAGAAAAAGCAAGUCUUAUGCAACAAAUGUCGAACAUGUAUAAAGAUUUACUGAAGUGUCGAGAAGCUCAUCAAAAAACCCUUCAACUGAGGGAAGAUGAAGAGAAACAAUUAAAGCUUUUGAAGACUAAAGCAGCAAAAGAUGUAAAGCGUCUCAUGGAUGAGCGAAAUGCUACAAUGGCUGAAUAUUCUUUGGUGAUGAGUGAAAGAGACCAAGUGCAUAAGGAAAUGGAGAGAUUAGCUGAUGAUUUAUCACAAGCCCUGAAGAAAAACAAGCAAUUAGAACAAGAUAAAAAACAGUUACUGGAUGAAAGUAAAUCAUUACGUUAUCAGGCCGAGGGUUUGCGGAGAGAAAUUGCUAGUGCUUUACAUGAGAGAGAUAGAGCGUUAAAAGAGUGCGGAGAGCUGAGAAACAAAUUUGGCGAACCCGGAGAAGGCCUCAAUAUGGCUCAAAGUAGACUUUUCGAUUCUUUGACUGCUCUUGGUGGAGGUGGAACUAGAAAAGAACAUCAGUCUGAUCAAAGAACUGGUCAGAGACAGCGUUUGGAGAAUUUAGAUCAAGCAAAUCAGGAGUUAGAAUCUCUUCGUAAAAAUUUAGAUAAAGCCCAGUCUGAACUUUCUGAAGCCAUACAAGAAGCUGAAGUUUCCAAAGGUAGAAGAGAUUGGGCUUUCUCUGAACGAGACAAAAUCGUGCAAGAGCGCGAAAGCAUUCGUACCUUAUGCGAUAAUAUGCGGAAGGAAAGAGAUAGAGCUGUGUCUGAACUUGCCGAAUCAUUGAGGGAAUCUGACGGAUUCAAAAAACAGAAAAUGGAAUUGCAAAAAGAAGUAGCUAUAUUGAAAGAACUAUUGGAAAAUCAAGAACAACAAACUCAGAAUUCUUGGCAUGAAGAUGUAGUCGAGGUAGAUAUGCAGCUAGAUGGGUUAGAUGUAGGUGUGGAAUUGGUUGGUGGUAGGGAAGAUUCAGGAGGCGAUGGGGGAGUUUAUGUGGCCUCAGUAGCUCCACUUUCCCCUGCUGAUGGUAAGCUUAGACAAAAUGAUAGGAUUCUUAGAGUGAAUGACAUGGAUUGUACAUCGGCUUCUAGACGUAUCGUAUUGGAAGCAAUGAGGUCUGGAGUACCUAGUACCAGGAUGCUAAUCAAAAGGAAGAACCAGUGGAAUAGCUUGCCUAGUAAUGUUACUUCUUCUACCUCUCAUCCUUCACAUUCUGCCUCUUCCCAGACUGGAAGAUGGGUUCAUACUGCGAGACUUGCCUCAGCUUGUCAUGGUUUGUCUUUGAAAUACGGCGUUUACAUUGAAAGAAUUAGUAGGGGAAGUCUGGCAGCACAAGAUUCUUCUUUAGCUGUUGGAGAUAGAGUGUUGAAAAUAAAUGAAAAAUCCAUUGAGGAGUUGGGCGGCAUUCAUGAAGCAAUGAGAGCAUUGAACUGCGACUCCCUGGAUAUUAUAACAGUGACAGUUUUGAAAACAGGUAUUGUUUACAAUAAUCCAAACGUUUUUAUGCCUGUGAGGAGGUAUAAGAAAGAAAACAGAAGUUCUCAAACUGAUGAAGGAUUAUAUGAUCAUCGAAGAUAUCCUAACAACAGUAGCAUGAGCGAGUAUAAGAAUAAUAGUAGCGCAUGGAUCAAAGACAAAUUAGAUACAGUUCUUCGAGGUCGGCAUAGACAUUUCAAGGACGAAAAGAAGAAAUACAGAAAUAGUUCACCACAUCCAUCUGAUAAUCAGGAGCACGAAGAGGCAAUAGCUGAGCUGGAUAUGGUAAUAGAUAGUUAUCAUGGUACAGCGAAAAAACCUAAUCAUAGAAGAUAUUCUGCAGCCGCAAAAGAGGAAUGCAAAAAUGGAGGUACAUGGCCUAAAGCUCGAGCAGUGGCUUUUUUGGAUCCCGAAACAGCCACUGGUACCGUUGUAGCCAGAAAAAGAGAACGACCUGCUCUAAGUUUGCUGGCUACUAAGGAGGGAGAUUAUUGCUGUCAAGUAGGUGCAGCAGCAAAUGCUGCCAAACGCAACUCAACACCUAUAUCAAUUUUGAAUGACCGACAUCAAGAAUUUAAGAGCCUUGAUGGUCGUGUUGCAGUAUCUGGAGAUUCAUUAGAAAAAUUGAGAACUUCAAAUCAGAGAUUGAGUAUGACCAUGAAUUCAGAUAAUAGUUUGGACUUUUCUGUACCCAAAUAUAACGAUCCCAUAGCGAUGGCGUCUCCCUAUUAUUCGAGAAUCAAGUCUUCCAUUGCUGGAAGUAAAUAUGGAUCCGAUUCUGAACGGGAGGAGACGACAAGUGUACAUAGUAGAAUUCAUAGUCAAUUGUUUGGCGGAUCAAGGAUCCCCUACCCUUUUCACCCACACCCUCACCCACAUCUCGACCACUCACGAGAGAGUUUUUCGUUUGAACCUUCUUAUAUGCACAAUAGUGGCGAUCUACACGAGUCUGCCAUCGGUACCUUUCCGAGGAAACAGAGAGACCCUCCUCGCUUUCGUGUCCCUUCCAAUCCAAGUGUGACCGGAAGUGUGGAAAGAGGAAGUUCUGACAGAGGAAGUCCAAUGCCGAUUUUUCACGUAGAGGUAUUGCCGGGAGAACUUAGAAGAGUGCACAUCGAAAAGAGUAAUGAACCACUUGGAAUUCAAAUCAAUUGUUUACAGGGUGGGGGUAUAUUUGUAUCUACAGUAAGCGAUAAUAGCUUAGCCAGUCAAGUUGGUUUGCAAAUCGGGGACCAGUUAUUAGAAGUGUGUGGAAUAAAUAUGAGAAACGCUACGUAUAAUUUAGCAGCGAGUGUACUGAGACAGUGCGGUAAUUCUAUAACAAUGUUGGUUCAGUACAGUCCUGACAAAUAUCACGAAGUGGAAGGCUCUGGUUCUUGUUCUGGAGAUUCAAGUUGCAAUGAAGAGGAAGAUGAGAACGAGACGACCCCAUGCAACUCUCCGAAAGAAAUAAGAAAAAGCGCGCUUGUUUCUGGAGGACUCUUGAGAAAUGCACAUACUCCAAUCUCACUGCCCAUUAGACAGUCAGCGCAUAGAACUUCGAACGGAUUGGAAGAACCACGAUAUCUUUAUAUGGAUACAAUGAAAACUUCCAAUCUGGGAAUUUCUCUGGUUGGUGGAAAUGCUUCUGGCAUCUUCAUUCACUCGGUUCAGCCUGAUUCGGUGGCAUACCGAGCUGGCUUGAGGACAGGAGAUCAGAUAUUGGAAUAUAAUGGCAGCGAUUUGAGGGCGGCAACCGCGGAAGAGGCGGCUUAUGAGCUAGCGAAACCAGCAGAUAAGGUGACUGUGUUGGCGCACUAUAGGAUUGACAGAUAUCAUGAGAUUAAAGAUAAACCUGGUGAUAGUCUGUAUGUACGGUGUGGAUUCGAUAGAGCUGGAGAUGAGCACACGGAACCUCCUCAGUUGCAAUUCAAUAGAGACGACGUUCUAUACGUGGAUAACACCAUGUUCAAUGGUGUUCCAGGUCAAUGGCGAGCGUGGCGUUUGGAUGCAGAUGGUCAUAGGCAGCAUUGUGGAGUUGUGCCUUCAAAAUAUAAAGUUGAAGAAGAGCUCUUAUUACGAAGAAGUGCAGCAGAGCUGGAAAGCAGAUCACCAUCUAAUACUUCUUCUGCUAGGCGAAGUUUUUUUAGGCGGAAGAAGCAUCACCAAAGGGCCAUGGGUCACGGCAGCAAUGGAUCCUCUAGGGACUCGAAGGAAUUAGCAAGCUUCUCCAGUUUGGCGCCUGGAUGGUACUCUGAAGAUUUAUCUCUUUGUUCUUAUCAAAGAGUGGAGAGAUUAGGUAGGCCAGAAUUUCGUCCAGUUUUAGUAUUGGGUCCCUUAGCCGACUGUGUAGUGGAUAAAUUGGUGUCAGAUUUCCCUGAUCAGUUUCAAAGAGCACCAUCAGAAACCAGGCGUUGUUCUCAAGCUUUGCUCGAUAGGGAGCUAGCAGAUGGACUUCUCAUCGACUACAAAAGGCGAGGAAGUUUUUUCGAAUGUACCAGUGUGAUGGGGGUCAAGAAUGUUUGUUCCUCAAGACGGCACUGUAUGCUGGAUGUUGCGGUGAGCAGUGUAGAACGUCUGCAUAGGCUGAAUAUAGCAACAGUCGUACUUUUAGUCAAAUUUAAGAGUACGAAGCAGAUAAGGGAAUUAAAAGACACUAGAUUCUCAUUGGACAAACUAACAGGCAAGGCAGCCAAGGAGAUGUUUGAUCAUGGUCAGAAAUUAGAAGCAGAGUACCGACAUCUCAUAACAGCAGUAUUAACAGCAGGAGCCAAUGUAGCUCACGUCUGUGCUCAGGUUAAAGCUGCGGUUGAUUUGGAACAUUCCAGAAGUCAAUGGGUGCCUUUACAAUAAAUUAAACUUAUGGUCUUCCGAAUAAUUGAUAAAUUAUAUCAUCGAUAAAGAUUCCUUUCAAUAAAAUCAAUUUCAAAUGAA